AAUAAUCAAAAUAUUUAAAAUGUUACUCCCUCGCUAUUUGAAUCUUAAAAUCAUGAAGCCAUUAAAAUUUUUGAAUCUUACUGAUAAUUCUAAGUGACGGAUUUUGUGACAGAUAAAAAGAAGAAAGGAGCGUACAAUGGGUUCAGCAGUUAGACGGAUUGCAGCCAAAAUACCUCUACUCAGGGAAGAUGAUGAGGAACCUGAUCUCAAGAUUAUCUCUCGAGCAGAAUGGAAAGCCAGGGUGCCAAAAUGGCGGGAAGAUCUGGACUAUCCUGCACUGUCAGCUACCACGACUUACACAGACACUGAACCGUGCACUACUACCGAAGAAUGUACCAGAGCAGUUCAGGAAAUACAGAUGAAACAGAUGGACGAGGAAGGUCUUCCUGACAUAGCUUAUAGUUUCCUGAUAGGUGGAGACGGCAGAGUCUAUGAGGGGAGGGGGUGGCACACUAUCAGUAAUAAGAGUACACUAAUCAAAUGCGUGGACCCCGAGUUUCCUGCUCCAAAGCCAAUGAUUAGUAAGGAACUUCUCAUGCAGUCUCCUGACAGAAGGCUUGUCAUAGCAUAUAUUGGGGACAAAGAGAAAAACAAAGCUACCAGAUUAAUGGAGGACACGGUGAGAGCAUUGGUAGACUACGCACUUGAUACCUUCCGACUUUAUUCCGGGGAAAAGAAUGAGUUUAAAACAGCGGAGGACUUCAUACAAGGACUUGGGAAGAAGAAGAAAACUGAAGAUACUAAAAAGGCUGAAGAAAGCUCUGAUGAAGAAUUCACACAUUAUUAGAGUCACGGGGAUUGGCAUUUUAUAACUACAUUUACAAAAAAAAAAAAAAAAAAAAAAAAAAAAACAA